AACAACGCAAAAGAUCCUGAGGAUCGCCAAACCACACACACCUCCACCCUCACUCUCCACCAUGUCUGUCGCUGCUCUUUCCAAGUCGCUGCCGAAGCCCAAGUACACAGGCGAAGAGGAGGAAUUGACGCGCAGCACACGCGUGCUGAGCUCUGAGCAGUACGAGACUCAGGUUGCGAGACGGCAAAACGGACCACCCCCAUAUGGCAGCCGUCAAAGCUGGCGGCCGCGCGCCGCUGAAGAUUUCGGCGAUGGCGGCGCAUUUCCUGAAGUUCACGUAGCGCAGUACCCUCUCGAUAUGGGGAAGAAGGGCCAGCCAUCGACGUCGAAUGCGCUCACACGGCGGGUGGAUGCUGAAGGAAAGACAAAGUACGACGAGAUCGCCAGAAGAGGGCAUGGCGAGAACAGAAUAGUGCAGGCCAGCUUCAAGGACCUGAUUCCGCUGCGACAACAGGCCAAUGCGGGCGAGCUUGAUUUGGAUCGGCCCAGUCAAGAGGUUGUGCAGGCUACAAAGGCGAAGACAGAAGCAGCGCUCCUGGCGCUUGUUCAAGGGCAGACAGCUGCGCAAAAGCCCAAGAACGUCCAGGGCCGCAAGGACGACGAGCCUACAUUCGUGCGAUACACACCAACCGCGCAGAUGGGCGAGGCACAGGGUAAGACCCGCAUCUUCAAGAUUCAGCAGCGCCAGCUCGAUCCCAUGGAGCCGCCGAAGUUCAAGCACAAGCGCAUUCCACGUGGUCCUCCCUCUCCCCCACCUCCGGUCCUCCAUUCGCCGCCACGAAAAUUGACCGCAGAGGAUCAAGAAAUGUGGAAGAUUCCGCCGCCGAUCAGUAACUGGAAGAACCCCAAGGGCUACACAGUGCCGCUCGACAAACGUCUGGCAGCAGAUGGGCGCGGUCUCCAAGAUAUCACAAUCAACGACAAAUUCGCGCAGUUUGGCGAGGCGCUGCAAGCUGCAGACAGGCAUGCUCGUGAAGAGGUCAAGCAGCGUGCCAUCAUGCAACAACGAUUGGCAGAGAAGGAGAAGCUGCAAAAGGAAGAGCAUCUGCGCAACUUGGCCAAACAAGCUCGCGAAGAACGCGCAAACGCUGGACGUCGCCGCUCGUAUAGCGACUCGGAGUCGGACUCGGAACAAGAGGAGGUCCGCAAACGACAGGACGCGAGAAAAGAACGUCGCGAGGACUUCCAGCGAGAGCUGCGACAGGCGAAGAUGGGCACAGAACGCAAGAUCCAGAUGCUUGCUCGUGAACAGAACCGAGACAUCUCAGAGAAGGUUGCGCUCGGUCUUGCAAAACCCACACAAGGCGGCGAAUCCAUGUACGACGCACGGUUGUUCAACCAGUCUAGCGGUUUCAACGCAGGAAUCAACGAGGACAAUCACUACGACAAGCCUCUCUUCGCUGCCCAGGACGCGAUCAGUAGUAUCUACCGACCAACAGUGCAGCAGGACGACGGAGAAGACGACGGUCAGACAUACGACCGCAUCACCAAGUCAAGCAAAUUCGAGGUGCUGGGCAAAGCAGGCAAGGGCUUCAAGGGCGCUGAUUUACAGGAGCAAAGAGACGGUCCAGUACAGUUUGAGAAGGAUACCGAUGAUCCGUUCAAUAUCAAUGCCAUGAUCAAUGAAGUCAAGGGAGAAUCUAAGAGCGGCGAGAAGCGCUUUGGCAUGACAGAUCCCAAGGAAGAACGGUCGACAAAGCGCGCACGAGUAGAGGAGGACAGCGAUUGAGGUACCCGAGGUUGUAAUUCGUAUUGCAUUGUAUAGGCAUGGACCAAGAGUUGUCCCGCGCGAUAACCUGAGAUUGGUAAUUUGAAAAUAGGCAGUAUCGCUACCUAUAUCACUAUCCGAGAUUAUGGUCUAGAGAAGGGUACCGGUUGCGCGGUGAGUGGGCCACUUGGGCGCGAUGACCAUCGGCUGCGAGCACACUUCGUACUUGGUCUGUCGGAGUCAAAAAAGUGAUGCUCCAAUGUUUGAGAUUAUUGUAACACCAGAAUACCACACGAGCUCAUGGCAAGUAUGCAUACAUGUUCCCGCCAGCUUUAGACCCCGC